UAUUUCUUAAUAAUCUUGAGAUUGGAGAUUAUAGAGCUAAAUGUAUUAAAACUCAAGUAAUUAAUCUCAUUCGUUAUGAUGUUAUUUUGGAAAAACAAUGGCUUUUCAAUGCUAACCCUGAUAUAGAUUGGAGAAACAAUAUUUUAACUUUUUCUUUUGGAAGAAAUCGAAUAACUAUAUAA